UUACCUGGCCUGAACUAGCUGCGCCUGUUUUUUACCCAAUAAAGCCAUGAUAGGCAAAUGGAACUAGUUCAAGCCUGGCUUUCACAUUUAUCUUGGAUUUCUUUACUCCACGUUUAUGCGAUACCCAUUGCAAUACGUGUUUGUUUCGAGUGCGGACGACUUAUUGUGACGUCAUCAGUAAGUGCAGCGAACGCGCCGAACGUCUGUCGUUAAAAAAUGAACUCUGAAAUGAAACUAAUGAAAACUAACUAACUUUAAUGAAAAAUGAAUAUCAAUGUUAGUCAAGAAUGUAAGGAUAAACAAAACUCCUAAGUGACAUUCUGAAGUAGCUUUAGCCUCCGGGCCGACAUUUUGUCCUCUUAGUGAAUCAAAUCAUUUUUGUGUUUUGCUGAAGUGUAACUUGCUUGUUGCUUUUCUUCCAUCUUGUAACGUGUUCUUGACUUGCACGUCCUUCGUGGAAAGAUAGGAGAGUGACCUGUCGGAUUCACCUGUCAGAGAGUGAAGUCGUGAGAGAGCUGUUGUCAAACUAGCAGCGACGCUAACAGAUCACUGGCUGCUGUUUGAUCUCUCCAUCUGCAGACAGUUGUCAGCUUUAACGGUUGUGUCCGUAUUAGAGCUCAUGUGAGGGGCGCUCUGAGGCAGAGCCAUUUGAGGAAGGGAGGAGUUGAAACAUAAGGAAGCAGGGAGGAAGAGAGGAACUGGUUGGCCCGGUCUGCUGCUUUUAUUGAAGACACACCUGCUGGGCGAAGGGGGCGGAGCCAGACAAACAGGUGGAGGCUCCUCAAGAGAGUGGAGACGCCACAGCGACGAGGAGACAGACGAGCUCGCAGUGCUGGAACCUCCUGAAGGAUGAUGAAGAAAAAGGAACCGGUGAAGCUCAGCAGGAGCCAGGCCAACGACCUGGCCGUGCUGGUCGCUCGCAUGCAGGCCAAUGCCGACCAGGUGGAGAGGAACGUCCUGCGGGCGGAGGAGGUCCUGGCUGUGGACACGGAACAGGAGAAGAAGAACCAGCGCUGGCUGCACCAGAAGGAGUGCGCCGACAACCUGACGGAGGCCGAGGGUCUGCUGAAGGACCUGUUCAUGGAUGUGGACAAGACCCGGCGGCUGCAGCACCCGCAGGCCGUGGAGAUUGAACGGGAUGUGAAGAACCUCCAUGACCGCUGGGCCAAAGACUGCGCCGGCUACAGAGACCUCUACGACCAGGUGCGCGAACGCGAGCCUGCCCCCAAGAUUAGCUGGUCCUCUGUGCUGGAGGACAAACUGAAGCAGCUGAGGUCAGAGCUGUUCGGUCCGAACCUGGCGGACGUGGAGAAGCAGAUCGCAGCCCAGAACAUCCUGCACCAGGAAAUUGAAGGUUACAGCAGCCAGCUGCAGCCCAGCAGCGCCAGCUCCCCGGAACAGUUUGCUUCUCUCAAGGAGAAAUACGCUGAACUUCUGGAAGCGUCUCGACAGAGGCGCAGCAACUUGACGUCCCUGUACGAGUACAUGCAGAGCUGCAAUAAGGAGCUGGCCUACCUGUCCAGCCAGAAGGAUCGGAUCCUACAGAGGGACUGGAGCGACCGCUCGCCGGACGCUCCGGGGAUCCGCACCGAGUACGAGAAGUUCAAGACCAACGGCCUGCUGGCUCACGAGAGCGAGGUCAACCAGCUGCAGGCAGAGGGAGAUCGGCUGCUGCAGAGGAACCACCCGGGCGCCGCCACCAUCCAGGCUCUUCGAGACGCCAUCCAGAACGAGUGGCAGGCAUUCCUCAACCUGUGUCUGGCCCAGGAGACUCACCUGGACAACCUGGAGGAGUACAAGAAGUUCCAACUGGAGGCCGAGACCUUGUCCGAAUCUCUGGAUCGACUCAGUUCCAACCUUCCGAAAUCUCUGAACCAGAAGAGUAGCCGCGAGGUUCUGCUGGAACUGGAGGCAGAUGAGCCAGCGCUGAAGAGGAACGAGGCCCGGCUGACGUCCCUCCGGGAGCUCAGCAGCAGCGUGGUUCCUCUGAAGUUGCGGCGGAUGCCACCGACCAAACCCACAACAGUGCUGUCCCUGUGCGACUGGGCAGACGAGGACGAACUGGUGCGCCGCGGCGAGGAGCUGAUUCUCAAGUCCAACUCCGACAACAGGAACUGGGAACUUCGCAGCAGCAGUGGGAGGAUCCGGACUCUACCUGGAGCCUGUUUCAUGAUCCCGCCUCCCGAUGCCGAAGCUCUGGACAAGGUCAACAGACUGGAGCAGAGGUUCUUGGACCUGCAGAGCCAGAGGUUUAAUCUGGCAUCCUCGCUGAAGAACUCCUUGGUGGAGGUGGACCGACCUCAGAAGGCCGCGAUGGUCUCCACCCCCCCUGAGGACCCCAAAGCUGUGGAACAUGCCGCCCGCCUGGACAAGAUCAACACGAUGCUGGACCGAUGCAAACAGGACAUCCUGGGCCGACUUCGAGCCCCGCUGGACAAUCGCAGCCCGACCGAGGACCUGGAGCGCAGGCUGCAGGAGCACGAGGCGUCCACUGCCUCUCUGCGUAAGCUGCAGUCGGAGAAGAUCAUGAUCCAGAAAGACAUGGAGCUGGUUCUGGCCAAGAGCCCUCUGGGCCCGACCACCGCCAGCCUGCCGCUGAAAGUCCGAGAUGCCGACAACAUGAUUGAUGAUCUGGACGCUCUCCUGGACCUCUACCACAAGAAAGCGACCGCCUCCAUGUUCCUGGAGCGUCAGAUGCUCACCGUGUAUACGAUCAUCUCGGACUCCGAGCGCCAGCUCGCGGACGACGGCGUCAUCCUGAACCAGCCCAACGUCCUGACCACCCGGAACCAGCGGCUGCAGAACAUGAGAGCAGACGUGGCGUCCAAGAAGGGCGAGCUGACCCGCCUGGGCAAAGACCUGGAUGUGACCAAGCAGGCCUGCAGCUCCCUGCAGCUGAGCUUCAACGAGUUCUGCCCUGACCUCCUGCGGCAGGAGAGCGAGGUCAAGCAGCUGAAGAACCGAUACACCAAUGUCAGCAUCCAGCUGGAGCAGAGGUCUGUCCUCCUUCAAGACGCCACCAAUAAGAACCAGGACUUCCAGAACGCCUCUCAGUCGCUGGACUUCUUCCUGGUCAACGUCCCCAACAACUCCAGCCGGCCGGAGGACGACGUCCAGCAGAUCAUCGGCAGACAAAGCUCUCAGAGGAGGGUGGUGGAGGACAUCAGGAGGAAGUCAGGUGACCUGGAGCGACUCAAGGAUCUUUCCAGAGAGCUGCAGGAGACCUUGAACGUGUACGAGGUGAGGGCCGCCACGUACCGCAGUGCUCUGAGGGAGGAGGAGGAGGAGGACGACGAGGAUGAACCAGCCCUGAAGAGACGUGAGGAGGCCACCUUGGUGAAGGCCAUCCAGCAGAAGGAGCGGGACCUGGUCAACCUGUACUCGCAGGUGGCAGUGGAGCAAGAGCUGCUCCUGCAGCAGCUGGAACUGCUCAGAAGCAUCAAGGUGCAGAAUGAGGAGCGAGUGAGUCAGGUGGCGGUCUCGCAGCAGCUGCAGCUACGGAGCCAGCAGAAGGACCAGGCCGAGAGCGAGGUCCUGAGAAAGGAACUGAGCGAAGAGAAAGCCCGCCGGGAACACGCCGAGAACAACCUGGAUGCCCACAGGAAGCGCUUUGUGUCUCUGAAGAGCAGGAGGGGAGUGGAGCGACUGGAGGAGAAGGAGGUGGUUCAGUACUACCGGGACCCCAAAAUAGAGACGGACCUGAAGAACCUGAAGGGCCGGAUCCAGGAAGAGGGUCUGAAGAGGUCAAGAACCCACUCGGAGAUCGACGUAAUCAAGGAGAAGAUCAUCAAACUGGAAACCCAGCUGAGCAAGACGGAACCCAAACUGGUGACCAAAGUUCUGACGGAGUACGAGAGAGACCCGCAGCUGGAGAAGGAAGCAGAGAAGAUCAGGGAGGAGAUGAGCCAGAUCCGCAAGGACAUGCAGACCAAGGACUCUGAGACGGUGAGCAUGAGGACGGAGCUCACCCUCCUGGCUCAGCAGAAGCCCAAGAUCCGAGAGAAGGUGGUGAAGAAGGAAGUGGUGAGGCUGGAGAAGGACCCCCAGAUGCUGAAGGCCAUUCUCAACUUCCAAAACGAAAUUGCUGAGGAGGAGACCCAGUGCAAGCUAGUCACCGAAAAGAUCUUCGGUGUGAGGGGCCAGAUCAACAUGCUGGAGCGGGUGAUCCCCACCAUCCAGCCCAAGGUCGUCACCAAGGUGGUGAAGCAGGUGCAGCAGGACCCCGAGAGCAUCGAGGAGGCCAAGAAACUUCGAGUGGUCCUGGAGGAGGAGAAGGACGAGAACGCCAUACUGAUGAAGGACCUGACCACCCUGCAGCUGCGCUACGGCGAGGUGGAGAAGCUUCGACCCAAAGUGGAGGUCAAGGAGAUCAUCAACGAGAUCUACCAGGUGGAUCCGGAGACUGACGUGGAGCUGGUGCGGCUGAGGAAGGCCCUGCAGGACUCGGCCCGGAGCCGCUCCGACAUGGAGAAGGACAUCAGCACCAUCAUGGCCACGCUCACCACGCUGCGUGCGCAGAAGCCCAAGGUGGAGUACAAGGAGGUGACCCAGGAGGUGAUCAAAGAGGAGAAGAGCCCGGAGGUUCUGAGGGAGCUGCAGAGGCUCAGCAACCAAGUGUCCAGGCUGCAGGUCAACUACGACACCACCCUGGAGCUGCUGACUCACCUGAGGAAGGAACGGGACGAGUUGAAAGCUGAGAAGUCCAAAGUGGAGAUAAAGCUGGUGAAUAAGGAGUUGAUCAAGUACGAGAACGACCCACUGCUGGAGAAGGAAGUGGACCGGCUUCGCAGGACCGUGAGGGAGGAGAUCCACAACCGCCGCGCCGUGGAAGAGGUGCUCUUCGACCUCCAGAACCAAUACAUCAUGCUUGAACGGCAGAAGCCCGAGGAGAAGAUCGUCAUGCAGGAAGUGGUGCGACUCCAGAAGGACCCCAACCAAAUUCUGGAGCACGAGAAGCUCAACAAGUCUCUGGACGAUGAAGUGAAAACCCGGAGAAAGCUGGAGCUGGAAGUCCGGCAGCUUCGGGCACUGGUUCAAGAGAAGGAGAACACUCUGGCGCAGAUGGAUGAUCGUAAGAAGAAGAUCCAAGUGGAGUCGGAGCUGAGGCAGAUCAAAGCUCGUAUCCUGGAGCUGGAGAGCUCUCCGCCGCCGGUGGAGGAAAAGAUCGUCAUCGAGGAGGUGCUUAAAGUGGAACGAGACCCCAAGUUGGAGAAGCUGACCGAGGGCCUCCGUGUGACCUUGGAGAACGAGGGCAACAACAUCAGUCGGCUGGAGAGGGAGGUCCGCAACCUGAGGCUGAAGCUGGAGCAGCUGCAGAAGGAGAAGUCCCUGGAGAGAGUCGUGUACAGGGAGGUGGUCCGGGUGGAGAAGGACCCAACUGUGGAGGCCGAGAGGGAACGUUUGAGAGACCUGGUAGGUCAAGAGCGGAACCUGAGGCGCGAUCAGGAGGACAAAACACAGAACAUCAUCAUCAAGAUCAACCACCUCACGACCUCCAGGUCCAUGACGUCUCAGGAGGAAACCGCUCUAGUCAUGAACCGAGACACUCUGCUGCGGGAGAAGGAUGAGCUCCUGCGGCAGCUGAAGAUGGUGGAGUCUGAGAGACAGAACAUCAACAUCACCUUCCAGCAGCAGUCCAAACUGAUGAGUGAGCGGAACCAGCUGGCCCGCCAGAGGAGCCUCAAGACCUCAUCCGAGGUGCAGCGCCUGGAGAAGGACAUUCUCAACGAGAAAGACAAGAUCCAUCAGCUGGAGAAGCUCAUCAGCGAGCUGCAGGGACAGAUCGUGAAAGAGGACCAGACCGAGACCCACACCCGAGAGACCAACCUCUCCACCAAGAUCACCAUCCUCGAUCCGGAAACCGGCAAGGACAUGUCUCCUUACGACGCCUACCUACAAGGCCUCAUCGACCGGAACCAGUACAUCCACUUGUCCACCCUGGAGUGUGACUGGGAGGAGAUCACCUCAACCAGUCCAGAAGGCGACUCGAUGAUCCUGCAGGAUCGCAAAAGCGGGAAGCAGUACUCGGUCAAAGACGCCCUUCGCAGCGGCCGCCUGACCCAGUACGACCUGAACCGCUACAAGGAUGGCAAAAUAUCCAUUUCCGAGUUUGCUCUUCUGGUGGCGGGUGAGAACAAAAAGGUUCCAGUCCCGCCGCUGCCAAUCCCUCCCCCCAGCCCCAGGACCCCCAGCAGAACCACCCCUGCCUCGCCGCUGAACGCCAUGUCUCCGUCCCUCAGGUCCUCCUACAGUAGCCUCAACACUCAUCUCAGCGGCAGUUUGACCAACCUGAACGGCUCCGGGGCUGAAGACAACUUCCCCAUCUCUGGGAUCUGGGACACCACCACUGAGAGCCGGAUGUCGGUGAGAAGCGCUCUGACCCGAAAGCUGAUCGACACCGACACGGCCCUGAAGCUGCUGGAAGCCCAGGCUGCCUCGGGUGGGAUUGUGGAUCUCAACAAAAAGGACAAACUCUCCGUCCACAAGGCGGCGGAGCACGGCCUCAUCGACAGCAGCCACAUGUACAAACUCCUCAACGCCCAGAAGGCCUUCACGGGGGUCGAGGACCCGGUCACCAAAGAGCGUCUGGCGGUGGGUCAGGCGGCGCAGAAGGGCUACAUCCCCAAAGAGAACGCCAUCCGCUACAUGGAGGCGCAGUACCUGACCGGCGGGCUGGUGGACCCCACCAAGGCGGGACGCCUCUCCACGCAGGAAGCGCUCGCCACCAACCUCAUCGACAGCGCGACGGCUAAAAACCUGGAGGACGAGUCAGCGCACACCAAAGAGCUGCUGGACCCCAUCAGCCAGGAGAAGAUCUCCUACAAGCAGGCCAUGGAGCGCUGCCGGCGGGACGUCAGCACCGGGCUCCUGCUCCUCCCCGCGGCUUCCACCGACGCCUCCACCAGGCCGUCCUACUCCAGCUUUCGCUUCGGUUCCAGUUACAACUGACAGUCGUGCUCGGUUCAUGGACUCUGGUGCCAACGGUUCUGGUGUUGAAGUGCUGACAGGUAUGUGUGUGUGAUUAAACUGGACUCUGGUGGAACUCAAGUGUCUGUGUGGUGGUGGGGGGUGGGGUGAUCACCUGAGGACCGGCAGGACUCGGUGGGAUUAGCGCACGCGACUCAGGCUGCCGUCAUAGUGAAAGGUUUGUUUCCAUCAUCUGAUUACUCACCAGUUCCCAAAAAAAGACUGUUGGAAAACAGUAUAAAAGACUUUAAUUGACUCGACACUGAGACAGAAUCUGUGUCUUAAUCCGCGUCUGAAUCAGACCUGGGAUUAAAAAUAAUCCAGACUGACGUCAGCGAUGAUUAACAACAUGAUUGUGUCAACACUAUUUCAUGCUACAUCAACACAAGAAACACCACAGCAGUGUUCACUCACGUUUCUACUGGACAGAAGUUUCUGCUUCGGCUGAAAGUUGCUGCAUGCUAGCGAUUAGAACUAGCUAAAGCAAGAGCGGGUGUCGUCGCGUGACUUGUCACACCAAAGACGCCGAAACCCUGAAGAGAUUUUUAGUGAGCGCCGUGACCAGAGGUCCCAGCGGGCGGCAGAGUCAGCGGCUGCUCCGGGAAGCGGAUGGCCUCGCUGUUGCGCCGCAUGUAGGCGUGUCCGCUGAUGGGGUACCACAUCUCCGUGAAGGUCAGGGCGCCCACGGUGAUGGCGCAGCGGCCCAAGACCUUGAAGCCAGACUUCCGGUAGAACGGCACCAGGAAGUCCUCGCACAUGAGCACGGCCCGCCGCACGUUGGGGAGACAGCGCAGGUACUGCAGGUAGCGCCACAUCAGGAUUGGACCUUUGCCCUGCUGACGGAAGGUGCGGUGCACCGCCAGGAUGUGGAUGUGGAGGCUGGAGCCACGGGGCUUGUGGAGUGUUAGCGCCUCCUGCAGGGGGCGACAAAGUUACAGAUCUCUGGCUUGUAUAACAAACAAAUAUCUUAUGUUAUUUAAUUUUAUGGGUUAGGGUUAUGUUAUGUCAUGUUAUUUUCGUUCAUUUGAGUAUCUUUUAUGGGUCAGGGUUAUGUUAUGGCAUGUUAUGGCAUGUUAUGCCAUGUUAUGUCAUGUUAUUUUCGUUAAUUUCAGUAUCUUUUAUGGGUCAGGGUUAUGUUAUGGCAUGUUAUGCCAUGUUAUGUCAUGUUAUUUUCGUUAAUUUCAGUAUCUUUUAUGGGUCAGGGUUAUGUUAUGGCAUGUUAUGCCAUGUUAUGUCAUGUUAUGUCAUGUUAUUUUCAUUCAUUUCAGUAUCUUUUAUGGGUCAGGGUUAUGUUAUGGCAUGUUAUGCCAUGUAAUGCCAUGUUAUGUCAUGUUAUUUUCGUUAAUUUCAGUAUCUUUUAUGGGUCAGGGUUAUGUUAUGCCAUGUUAUGCCAUGUAAUGCCAUGUUAUGUCAUGUUAUUUUCGUUCAUUUGAGUAUCUUAUGGCUCUGGGUUAUGUUAUGUCAUGUUAUCUCAUGUUAUGUCGUGUUAUUUUCAUUCCUUUUUAGUAUCAUUUAUGGGUCAGGGUUAUGUUAUGGCAUGAUAUGUCAUGUUAUUUUCGUUCAUUUUAAUAUAUUUUAUGGGUCAGGGUUAUGUCAUGUUUUAUUUUGUAUGUUUAUUUUCAUUCAUUUUUGUUUAUUUUAUGGGCGUAGGGUUAUGUCA